AAUCAAUUCCAGCUAGUGCGUAAAAUUUAUUUGCUUGUCAACAAUUUUAAUUGUUUCACAAAUUGAUAAACCAAAGAAAAGUUUUUGGGAAGCUUUAUUUUCAGCUCAAAAAAGAAAACUUAUUAAUUUAGUGCAGCAUUAAAACGAUAUAUUCAAAAAUGAGGAAAAAUAAAAAGCCGAAUGGUUUUCUUACGUUCACUAAUGAAUGGAAGUCAAAGUAUGGUAAAAGGAUGACUUUGAGCCAAGCUACGGAAGAAGCAGGCAAAAUUUGGAUUUCGAUGAGUAUGGAAGAACGCAGCCCUUAUAAUGAGCGCGCUAAACAAGAAAGAUCUAAAUUAAAAUCUGCACCACCGAAGCUAACCUGCACAGGGAAACCCUUAGAUCAAGUGGAAAAAGAUUUACAAGUGGCAGAUCAAUGGAAUGUUCAGAUGAAAAGAAAUAUAGAGAUGGUGGUGCGCAAUAGUGUCAAUAAUGACCAACUUAAAACGCAGUCAUAUUUUUUUGUAAUGGUUAAUUAUUUUGUGAAAUCGCUCAGGGGUGAUAUCUAUGUACCAGCCGAAAUAUCUGUUGCUGAAUAUUCAUUGCAGGAGGGCGUUUGCCGGAAAUAUCAUACGUUAAUAAAUCCUGGUCGCGACUUGUACGGUCUGCAGUUUGAUGCGCAAGAUCAUGCGGACCGCACCCACAAGCUUCCGUUGCCACCAAAUGCUUUGGGUGAAGAGAAUUUGGGUCUGAUUUAUAAUCAUGUAUUGGACUUUGUACGCGACCCAGAAACUGGAGAUUAUCCACCCAUUUAUACACAUCGUGAUUCAAUACCAAUUGUUAAGUCUGUAUUGGACUUCCUCAAAAAUUCCAGUUCAACUAAUGUUGAAUUGAAGGUAUAUUCCAUACAAUACCUUUUCUUUAUACUCAAGGAAGCUACAGCAAAAGAGGGCGACGUACGAAGCCCAAAAUGUCACUACAUAACUGAUGCUUGCUUUGACCGUGAUUUUUACGAAUAUCAAACCGAUAUUGCCUGCAAUAAACAUGAAGAGAUGGACAAAAGUAAAUAUUGUACACAAUCGUGUGUAACCCGCUGGGGAUACAUUUUCUCGGAUUUCAUGUGUGGUGACGUCGCUAUCUCUGUGGUAGAAGGACGGCACAAACCGAUUCGUACGGAUGUAGACCACAGUGGCAAUAACAAUCCGGCACCACCGAGUACUUGCUUCGAUACUGAAUCACAAAUUUCUGGAAAUAGCGAAAGCACAUACGCCACCAGGCCAUUUUCAGAGAACAGAGUUUGUUAUGAUGACCACAAAACAUUUAUGUCGGCACAUUCAAGUGCUAUCGGUACCUCUACGAACAAUAACCAGACCAAUGACUUUCCGUAUUUGGGAGCUAGAAAGAAAACUUCAAAAAUUACUUCACUUUCGCCACCAAGAAGCAGUCGCUGGAACACGGAAGGUUUUGAUGGCAGAACACUUGAUCUUGAUUUGUGCGACGGUGGGAAUCCGUGGUCAAUACGUUCGCGUGAUGUGCCACGCGAACCAGAUACAUCGCACUUCGAUAUCAAUUACACUCGCGACGAAACAACCGACAAUGAUAGGCCUGGAACUUCCAGUGGUUAUGGACGUGGAAGAAUGCGUAUGAAUCAUUCUGCCACUAGCAAUACAACUGCAGGCUCGGGACGUGGCAGGCUAUGGCGAAAUCCCGACUACUGCAAUUGAUUAAACAAAGUGUUUAAUUCUAAAACUAUGUUUAUACAAUUAAUGUAUAUCCAAAUAAGGCGUAGAGUAUUAGCAAAAAGUGCGCGUAUUUCAAUAUUUAAUUGUAAGUAAAAAAAAUUACAAAAUCGUUACAAAAACAUGCACAAAGAGUCCCUAUCCAACAUGUUUGAAAUUUAACAGAAGCAAAAUCCAUUAAGGGCAAUCACAACCCGUGCAUAUGGCCUUGAUUGUGCAUAAUUCGCUGCAUUUGCAAAAUUUCUGUUGCCGUGAAAUAUGAAUAUGCAGGCAUAUAUGCAGCGGAUUGUGCUUACCCUUAUAAAUUAAAAAAAAAAGGAUUUUGGAUUAGCUAAAGUAGUUUUGUCAGAGCGUAUUUUAAUACAGAUACAUCUACAAAUACAUACAUAAUACAGCAGAUAAUGUAAAAAAAGCCAUUUCGAUAAAAUUUCUGCUUACACGCUUUGUGCAUUUUGGGUAACGAUAAGUACGCGAAAAACACUAAAUUUUUACUUAAUUAAUUUUCAUGUUAGAUCUGUUUGAGUAACUUGACUACAAUAUUAAUGUACAGUGAAAUGUGUUUAUUAAAUAAAAUGCCGCACACUUAAAACAAA